AAAGAAAACUCUGUUGUAAUAUUUUAUGAGACGUUGUAGUAAUAAGUUUUUAAAAUUUUAAUGUCAAUAAGACAAGAAACCACACCUUUUAAAUGGAGUUUUGGCAAGAGUAAAUUCUAAAAAAUGUGUUCUUCCUACUGGAAUCAAGCAGUAGAUAUCUUUAUGUCUGAUCGUUUCUGUCUCUACAGGAACAUAGCAGCUGUCAUUGGUACUGCUUAUGUACUUCGUUUCUUAUUAAAGAAGUUGUGGGCACUGAGUGGUGGGUUUUGUGCUUAUUUCUUAGCUCCUUGGGGCAUAUCAAGAAUUAAUAUAAAGAAAUAUGGCUCGUGGGCAGUUGUUACUGGAGCAUCUGAAGGAAUCGGAAGAGGAUAUGCUCUUGAGCUAGCAAGGCAAGGUCUGAACGUAGCCAUAAUGAGUCGCUCAAGAGAAAAACUAGAAAAAGUUGAGGAAGAGAUCAGAUCAAAGUAUAAUCGUGAUGUUCGUGUGAUACCAGUUGAUUUCAGUGAAGGACAAAGUGUCUAUGAUGAUAUACAAGCAGAGAUAUCUGAUCUGGAUAUUGCUAUUUUAGUUAAUAAUGUUGGUACUGGUAUUGGUGGUGAAUCAUAUUUUAGUCAAGUUGAUCCAUUACGACAUCGUAAAGUUAUUGAGCUCAACUGUCAGUCAAUGAUACAAAUGACUCACCUUGUUCUGCCCAAGAUGUUGGAAAAAAAGAAAGGGAUUAUUGUUAACAUUGCUUCUAUACUAUGUUUGUUUCCUGUACCAUUAUCCACUGUCUACUCUUCAUCAAAAAUAUUUGUUCUUCAUUUCUCAACUGCACUUCAAACUGAAUAUAAAAGCAAAGGGAUUAUAGUUCAGUGUAACUCACCUGGUUAUGUUGCUACUCAACUUGUUGGAUUGAAGAAAGCAACAUGGUGGGCAGUUGAUCCUGUUGCCUAUGGACGAUCUUCUGUUGCAACUAUAGGACUACAGCAUCAUACUAAUGGUUGUCUAUACCAUGUGAUACAAGCAUUUGUACUUAAGUUGCUACUGGGACAGAAAACAUCUAUCAAUGUAAUGAAAGUUUGGGGGAAAAUAAAGCAAAAAUGGGCAAAAUAAUGAACUAUUCAUAGUAUGUUGUAUGACACUUCAAAGUUUAAAUCAAAUCUAUUAAAUCAUGCAAAUUUAAAUAGCCACACCUUCAG